GCGCGCGUACGGGCCGGGGAGCGGCGGCGAUGGAGGCGAAGGGCUCGGCGGGCGGCGGGAGGCCCGUGAAGGGCAUCCUGAAGAACCGCUCCGGCAGCGGCGGAGGCAGCGCGGGGCGAGGCCUGGACGACUCCGAGGCUCUCUCGCAGGCGUCGCCGCUGCCGCCCACCAGGCCGCUCCUGCAAGCGCAGCCGAGCAGCGAGAGCCGCGGCGAGGAACUCGGGAAGAAGACGCAGAAGUGGGACGAGAUGAACAUCCUGGCCACCUACCACCCGCCCGGGAAGGACUACGGGCUGAUGAAGAUCGACGAGCCCAGCACUCCCUACCACAGCCUGAAGGAGGAGGACGCCGGCAGCGACGCCGAAGACAGCCCGGUGCCCACGGCGGACGUCCUCGCCGAAAAGUUGGCAGCUGCAGCACAAGGGCAGGGCCCCAAAAUCCUGGCAAGGCAGGAUGACAGCAGUGAUGAUGAUGAGGAUGACGAGGUAGACUUGACCCCGGAAGAAUUGGAGAAAAAGAGGCAGUUUGAAAUGAAGAGGAAAAUGCAUUACAACGAAGCACAGAACAUCAAGCUGGCCAGGCAGCUGAUCGCAAAGGAAAUGCACGGCGAGGCUGCCGAUGAGGAGGAGGAGGAGGAAGAGGAGGAGGAUUGUGAGGAGAAUGAGGAAGAAGACGAGGACAAUGAGGAUGAGAUGCAGGAUGAGUGUAAAACAGGCACAGAAUCAGUACCUGCUCCUAGCGACCCGCUUGAGAACAUUGCACACAGCCUGGAAGAAGUCUGCUCAGGACUGUAACAGCUCCCAGUCACCCUUUUGUAUUCCUUGCCACAUCACCCUUCUGCAGGUCUGUUUCAACAGGUUGGCUUGCACUUUGAUAUUUGACGAAAAUGGUGAUGAUCUCAAGGUUUUGUUCGCAAUGAAAAUGUUGCUGAUGUGGCUGGUUCUGGUGGUCACAGAAGAUGGUUUCAUUGCUCAUCUGCUGAAGAACACAGCGUGGAGCAAUGCCAGUGAGCGAGGCAAUUGGUGUCACUUCUUUUUCUGAUUUGAACCUGCAGAACAUCUGAAAGCUUUGUUUUCUCUUUUAUCAUGCUGUAGUAUUUGAGUUACAUACAAAUGUCCCCGUAAGGGUUUGAUGUUAUACUGCAGCUACUGUGCUAUACUGCAGCUAGGAAAAGAACGAGCCCCUUGGCAAAAGGGAUUAAUGGAAGAGUGUUUUUACAGCCUUUUUUCCCUUCCCUUCCUGCAGACUUGAGCGGGUUCUGAGAGGCAGGCCUUGCCUGCCUGCUGAAGGGCUAAGAGCAGUUGGAUGGCUUUCCCAGCUGCAGUGAGAGACGAUCAGCCUGUCUCAGUAGCUGCUAUAGCUUUUUUUCCAUUUGAGUUGGCCAGGAUCGGGAGCAUUGCAUGGGGGCUCUUCCAUCAGGCCUCUCUGCUUUUCAGGGUGCCUUCCCACGCUGUUGAAGGGUCUGCCAGCUUCUAGAAAAUGAAAGCAGGUUCAACCCCCCCUGAACAAUCCCCAUGUUGCCUGCUGGCUUUCCUUCUCUCUAGAUAAGCAGCAUAGAGAUUCUCUCCGAGGAGACACUGGUGUGGCAGCACAGACAGAGUGCACAGCUACCUGCUUUUGUUUCUUAACUAGAAGAGGCAGCAUUCCCACAGCCCUCUGUUGCCCUGUGGUCUCUUUUUGGUAACCUCUCCACCCUCCCUAUGUCGUGAAUGAACCUGAAUCAAACAGCUGUUUUUUAGUUUGACUGGCCUUUGUGAUUUUCUUAAGACUUGGACUUUUUAAGCCUUGGAAGAGAGAGGGGCAUCUGUUGGUCAGCUAAUGUUUGUAAAAAGAUUUGGAAUGUUCUGACAAGCUGAAGUUGCCUAGAAAACACCUGUGUUGUGCUACUGAAUUUGUUCCUUCACUUCUGGAUUCCAUUUCACUGGCUUGUUUCCUCCAUGUAACUGUUUUAUUAAAGUAAAGAAUCCACCAAGUGUA